GAAGUAUUUAAACUAGUAGCUCAGAGUGGGGGAUACAAGUUCUAAAUUGGUAUCUUCUGCAAGUGAAGACAAAGUUGCAAAAUUCUAAAAUGAAAUUCUUACUUGGUGUUGCCUUCUUUGGCUGUAUUGUAGCAGUGAGAGGACAGUUUUUCUUCGGGGGCAAAGCCUGUUAUGACGAAUCUGACUGUGGACCCGGAGAAUGCUGUGCAAGUUUCUUGCCUUUCAGGGGAGCCUGCAAGCCUCUCCAAAAAGAAGGUCUCAAGUGUCACGUGAAUGAAACGGUGUUCAGUUUGUCUGGGAUACAUAUCGUGAUGUGUCCGUGCGACGAGGGACUGGAGUGUGUGCAGCAAGGGAAAAAGAAGAAUAGUGGAAUUUGUGCUGUACCCCCAACAACAACCGCUCUGCCGGAGGUGGAGACAACAGCUGCUCCAGCAGCAGAAUCAUCUGAAGAGAAAUCUAGCGAGAAAGUUCCCGAUUCUUCAGCAUCUGGAGAAACACCUGAACCAGAACCAGAAAAGUCUCAAGAAUCAACUGGAGCUGAUGAGUCAAAGGCAUCUGAAGGGUCUGAAAAAUCCCAAGAAUCAGGAGAAUCUAAGGGAACCUCUGCUGAAAAACCAGAAGAGCCUGAAAACCCUCAACAACCUGACGAGACCAACGACGGAUCAACAGCUGAUGAAGGCUCCAAAUCUCAAGAACCAGAGCAACCUGAAGAAUCCAAUGAUGGAUCAAAAGCCGAUGAAACCAAAUCUCAAGAACCAGAGCAGCCUGCAGAGCCAGAACAGCCUCAGGAACCAGAACAACCAGCUGAGCCAGAACAGUCUCAAGAAAGUCAAGAACCUGAGCAGCCCGCAGAGCCAGAACAGUCACAGGAACCAGAGCAGCCUCAAGAACCUGAACAACCUGAUCAAUCUUCAGUUGCUGAUGACGCCGAGCCUCAACAGUCAGAACAGGCUGGAUCUGUUGCAGAUGAAGCUUAAAAAUGUAUGAAGAAGAAAUACGUUUAUGACGCAGAGGACUAAUAUGCUCUCCAAUGCAAGAGACAGAGCUCGGAAACAGUCUGGAACUCUAAAAUGUGAUUUAUGGACAGAAUUUUAUAUCUUUGUUGGCCACUUUGUUUUUAAACCUUUUAUAAGCAGUCUUGUUUUAUGAAGCAGAAAUAAAAAUCAUUGUAUAUAUUUGA